AUGGCCAUUUCAGGCAAACAGGCAAUUGCCUGCGAAUGGGCUUUUUUCGGGCUAGCCGCUUUCUUCGUCUUCUUUCGACUGUUUGUCCGUAUAUUCAUCACUUGCAACCCAGGCUUCAGCGACGGCCUAGUCAUUCUAGUCUUGAUCUGUUUCCUUUCAACGGCAGUAUGCGACACUAUCGCAGCCUCGAAAGGGCUUUUCGCCGAAAACCUUACAUAUGAAUCCGAUCUCAUCGCUGCCUUCAAGGCCCACGGCGGAAGUUAUGUCGAAGAACUGGUCGUUGUGUUACAGAUUUUAUAUGCCAGCAGCUUCCCUUACAUAUGUGAGCUUUGGGGAUUGAAAGUUUGCUUUUUACUUCUCUAUGGAGGAUUAAUACCACCAUCCAUGAAAUGGUUGAGGAAUUGCCUAUAUGCUACAUGGCUGAUUGUUGGGAUCGGCUUCAUCGCUAGCAUGCUCUUGAUGGCGCUUUGGUGUCUACCUGUCAGCAGAAAUUGGGAUGUCACGAUGUUGAAGGGAAAUGAAGGGAGGUGCUUUGCGUAUAGUAGUUACGAGCCUUAUUUCACAUUAACAGCCUUCCACAUUGUCACCGACUUCAUGAUCUAUGCACUCCCGUUUCCAAUUCUGAAAUCCCUUUCUCUCAACCGUCGACAACACUGGGGCGUCAUAUCAAUUUUUGCACUCGGGGGUGUCUGCAUAGCGAGUACGAUCGGCCGAACAGUGUCUAUCGGCCUGACCUCUAAUAUACCCCUGGUCGGCUUCUGGACUUCAUUCGAACAGAUGACCGGCCUCAUCGUUGUUUGUAUUCCUGCACUCAAAGUCUUGAUCUUGGAACAUCGUAGUAGAGAUGGGUCUCGUGUCAAAGUUGACUUUACUGAUGGGGGUAGUCGACUAAGUCGCUUACAACGGAUUAGCGUCAGCGCCGCCACGCGAAGCGAUCCGCGGGGCGGGACAGACGAGGAACUUGAGACUGAUGAGCGGUGGAUUCGGAUCGAUAGUCCGGUAGAAGGAGAUGCACCAAAUGAAAACCAUAGUGUCGGUAGUAUAUCGAUUCAAGAGCGCGUGCGAGGUAGGACAUCGGACAUUGAACAUGGAGUUUUGAACAUGCCUUCGGAGAAUGGAGUAAAUCCGAGUGGGGAAUACCAUCAAGACUUCGAGGGGAUAGAGUCUCCAGUAACAAUGGGACGUAUACUACACAUGGAUACACCCAACCGAGAUCCUAGCGAGGGGGCAAGAAAGUAA